UGUGAAAAACAUAGAAGAAACAAAUUUUAAUUGUCAAGAGGGCAGGAACGGAAAACUUAAUAUUUUGUAAUCGCUGCUCUUGAGAACUUUCAAUAGUUAUAGAAUAUUUCAUUAUCUUCCAAGUGAUAUAUAUAUUAUUCUGGAGAUGGCGCUAUCAUUAUUACGAAAUGCCGGCAAACUAAAUGUUGUUGGGCUGACGAAAACUGCUACUGCCCUGUCCAUACCCAUGAAGACGUUGACCACAAAGUCGCUCUCUGCAGAAAGCUCAAAAACUAUAUCUUUAAUAAAGAAUGCGCAAGGAAUGACAAGAAAAUUUUCCUUGACUUCUGCUAAAAUGGCUGCAGCUAAGGGAAAUCACGUACCUUUGUGGACAGCCGAGCGCUUGAUAUCACUUGGGCUUCUGGGUGUAGUUCCUGCAGCUUUUAUAUAUCCCUCGCAGACACUUGAUGCCCUUCUAGCUGUCUCAGUUGUUCUUCACUCUCAUUGGGGUGUAGAAGCUAUAAUAACAGAUUAUGCACGGCCACAAGUUGUUGGACCCUUGCUGCCAAAGGUUGCUCAUGGUGCUUUGAUUUUGUUGUCUAUUGCUACACUCGGUGGACUUUUCUACAUCAUUCAAAAUGAUGUCGGAAUCGCGAAAUCUGUAAAACAAGUAUGGAGCAUUAAAGCUGCAGGAUCCGGAGUGGCUGCAGAAGAACCAUGCAAAGAAUAAUUUCUUAGGGCAAGGCUACACAAAAGCAAAGACUAAAAUUAUGAAAAUGCAAACUAUUUAAGCAGCCAAUUCUUGGAUUAUAAAAUAUGCGAGAAAUAAAGCAAUUCUUAUUGGUAUUUGUAA